AUGUCAGACAUGGCUCCGUUAUUCUCGUUGUUUGCACUAAUCCCAGUGAUAGUUGGGACAUUUUACUUUUAUGCUCAUUACCGUACUUUUGGAAAUCUUGACAUCUCAACAAGUUCAGUUGCGUACAAUCGUACAAAGUAUCAUAAUCUUCUUGAUUGGGACAAAUACUCACUUCAAAUUGAGGGAGUACCUACACAAAUUCAUGCUGGAGAAUUUCACUAUUGGCGUAUUCCUGAUAGAGAACGAUGGUCUGAUAUACUGAAGCAAUAUCGUACAGCAGGAUUUAAUGCUAUUCGUAUAUACUUUCACUGGGGUUAUCACUCACCAGACGAGGGCGUUUAUCUAUUUGAUGGUAAUCGUGAUAUCGACUAUUUGCUCACACUUUGCGAAGAAUUGGAUCUCUUUGUCUUGGCAGCGCCAGGUCCAUACAUUUGUGCAGAGACUUCAGGUGGUGGCUAUCCAAGUUGGUUAGUCGCAAAGCGCGAUUUACGUAUACGUCAUAACUAUAUCAUGCUUUGGCGCGUCUAUGAUCCCAAAUUUGCAAACUACGAGAUUCAAUGGCUUGAACAGAUUUUACCUAUUAUUGCAAAGCAUCAAGUGACUUCAACCGAUACAGGAAGAAAAGGAUGUGUCUUGGCUGUGCAGAUUGACAAUGAACUCUUUGAGACAAUGGCAAAUUUACUUCCUAUUGGAUUGCAUGAUCAAAUGAGAGUAUUAGCAAAAGCAGCACGAGAUGUAGGAAUAACGGUUCCCCUUUUCUCAAACGACGGUUUUGAAGAAGGUGGCUGGGUGCCACGUCCAGAAUUGGAUAGUAGCAAGAAAAAGGCUUGGGAGAAGAGUAAGUUUGGUUUAGAUCUUUAUGGGUUUGAUAAAUACGUGAUCUUCGCUCCUUCAAGCUCCCCCAAGUCAUGGCUUAUCAACAGUGGCGUCUCUGUUGGCUCCUGGGAAGAGUGGAACCCAAAGAACUUGGAGAAUUCAAUGGACAAACUAGAGAAGAAGGUCAGGGGAUUUGGUGGUGGAGCUAAAGAGUCUCCCAUGUUUAUACCUGAGCUGCAAGGUGGUUGGUUUAACCAUUAUCAACUACAACAUACAUAUGAUCAAAUAUACGAUUACUACGGUGAUGAGUAUACAAGGCUGUUAUAUGAAACUUCUCUUGCCCAAGGAGUGACCAUCGCCAGUAUCUAUAUGGGAUAUGGCGGUACUAACUGGGGAACAUUGGGCGAUCCGGAUGUCUAUACUUCUUAUGACUAUUCAGCUUGUAUCCGUGAAUUCGGUAUGCUCUCAUCAAGGGGUAGAAACGUACGCAAGUCUAUUCUGUUUGCUCGAUCAUUUGAUCCCUAUUUCACCAAGACAGAACUCGUUGCUCAGCCCAAGAUCCAGACGUCAAUUCCGCAUACACUUAAUCUUCAACGCCAAGCAGUUCAAGCAGAUCAAGCAGUAACCUUUACAUUCUUUAGGAACUUUGACAGAAAGAAGCGUGAGACGUUCGAUGUUACCAUAGAGCUUGAUGACAACAGUAUUGUAACACUUGGAUGCCAUAUUCCUUACAAGUCCUCAUUUGUCGCUCUUGGAAAUUAUGUUACUCAAAAUGACCUGCAUCUGAUUUUAUCUACUGUUCCCAUACUUUCUCGUGUCAUUAAUAAAGAUAGGCACGAGGAAGUAUGGAUUGUGGAACCCAAUAUGGUUGGUGGAAUGGUCUUUAAGAAUAAGCAGAUAAAGUUGAGCGGUAAUAUGCAAGACAAUGUCCUGCGUGCAGAUGGGCCUACUUUUAUUCUCUCGUUUGAAAAGAGUCAUGGAUGGACUAGAUUAGAAACAACAGAUGGAAGCUUAUACAUCAUUGGUCUUGACAAAUAUGAUGCAGGCACGCUCUAUGCUGCAUUUAAUGAACCUUAUUGGAACAACGGCCAAAAGAAUUACCCUUCAUUUGUCGCUUGGGGUGCUGACGAAUUCUUUUACAACAAAAAGACAAGACAAGUCGAGAUCAAGCACAGAACAUCAGAACGUUCAGCUCACUUUAUCUCAUUUGAUCCUAUUGAGGACAAUCGACUCUCUUCUGGAUCUGUUCUUUAUGAUCUGCCAUUUGUUCGUAGUUUGAUCUUUGAACAUCACCAGAAUCCCUUACCAGUAUCUAUUCGAUUUGAUCAUUGGGAGGUACGUCAGGUUGAUUUCGAGCAGCUACCAUGGUCACCCGUCCAACAACUCAAGGGAAAACCAGUUUAUGAUUCGUUGGAUUAUCAUUAUACUAGUGGUCAUGUUCUAUAUCGCAAGAAGAUAAAGGCAACCCACAAAAAGGUCAAGCUAUCUGUCAACGCACGCCACCGCGCCACGGUACUUUUGAACAACCGAAUCGUUGGUGGACACACGACAUAUUCACGCCAAUUAUUCCUCCCUGGGGCAAAGAUUGGACCGGACCCAUGGUUCCUUGGCUCACGCACGUACGACAUUACAUCCUAUCUUACAAAUGAUGAAAACGAGCUAGUGAUCAUUGUCGAAAGUUUUGGAUUGAAUCGACAAGCAUUUAUUAUGAACGACAUUCGUAACCCAAGAGGUAUCAUUCAAGCCAAGCUAAAUGGUAUCAACUCAACCGAACAAGGAGAAUGGGAAAUAUCAGGGGUUGAUGUUCGUCUGUUGACAAAUGCCUAUAGUACCACAGGAUUCCCAGAUGAAGCAGUCCAAAAAGGCUGGCAAAAAUUCAAGCAGUUUGACGAAAAUGACGGUGUUUAUAAAAUUCCCAUUUCUGUCACACAAGGCGUACAAUGGUUCCGAUUCCGAUUUGAUCAUACCUUAAAGAAGCAGAGUGAUUUAUAUCGAAUUCCCCUUCGAUUACAUCUGGAUGGUGAAUGGACAGCAGUGGUUAUAUUGAAUGAUGUUAUUAUAGCCAGAUAUUAUGGUAACGGUGAUGGGCCACAACAUGAUUUUUAUAUUCCUGAUGGACUGUUGAAGGUUAAACAUAAUGAAGUGAAGGUUCUUGCCUAUACCUGGCAUGAUACCCUUGGAGAAAUAAGUAUCAAAGGAUGGCCUGUAUUAGAAGACAGUGGUAACCUUAUCACGCACUAUGAUCCUAAUACUCGACCUCAAGAAUACAUUGUCUAUAAUGAUCGUAUCUUGAUGCAUAAACAGAAAUGA